GUGAUGUGACGUUCUUAAGUUGGUUAAGAAGCAAAACCGAUAGGCAGAUAUUUUCAGUUGAGGAUCUGAAAACAAAUUGAGUAUUAGAACCAGAACCGGGUUAGGAUUUUAUUUUGUUUUUCUGAAAAGAACAAUCAAGCAGCGCGCGUUCGAUUGCGAUGGUGGAGGAAGCCCCAAAAGUGCUGUUGUGCGGCUAAGCGAUGAAAGCAUAGUUAUUUUCGGAAGUCUGAUAUUGCGCUGUAUGUGAUGAAGGAGCAAGUGACAGAGCUGUUUGUUUUGGAUAGAUUGUGCUGAUUCAGCGUGUGAAUAAAAACAAAUGUGCACAUGAAACGAAUAGGAGGAGCCAUCAACACGUGAAGAGAGAGCCCACCAAACAAGAGCGUUUUUCGAUAACAGUAAUCGGGGCAACAAGUUACUAAGUUGUUAAGUGCAGUUGGAGGAUGCUUAGUGAAGAUUGUUGUUUUGGCUAGAGGAAAAAGAACUGUUCAAAAUUAUAAGUGCCGAAGCACGGAUAAAAGAAAGUGUAGUUUGAAAUUGACAUCUCAGGGUCGAACAAAGUGUUGCUUUCAACGACUGUUAUUGAUAUGAAUGCCAUUGCCAAGAUGUACCCGAAGUUAAGCGCUGUGGAGUUAUCUGCAAUUCUGAUGAAAGGUGCCGCAAUGUCCGCUGCCUCGCUGGAGCGCGAUUCCGGUUUCAAUUCAGGAAGUUCCGAACACGAAGAUGAUCUGAAAAGUCUCGAUCAAAGCUCAAGGGACGGUUUGGUAACGCCGGAAAACAGUUCAAUUGACUCUGUAGAAGUCAAACUUCCACAGGCUGCAACCACUAAAAAUAAACGGAAAAGUUCCGAACCGUUGCGAGUUAUUUCGGACUCAGAACUUCUGGGGCCGAUCAAAAAGCGAAUUCGCUAUGGUGAGCAGCAGCUGAGAGAUGCAGACAAGGAAAGUCUUGACCAUCACGUUGGCAGCAACCCGUUUCGACCAUGGGCUCCAAACGAGGAAAUGCCUGGAGGUCAUCCCCUGCCAGCACACUUUCCCAACCCGGCCGAUCUGCUGGUCAGACAUCCGGGUGUUACUACGCUUCAUCGUGCUAUCAGCAUCAAACCCCUGGAUCAACUUCAGCAACCGAAACCUUCCUUUUAUUCACCGUCCUCCAAGUCACCUUCCACAGCACCCUACCAGCAGCAGCCACUUGCUUUGGUCGCCAAGAAAACCGACGCCUCAAAACGAUCUCCUCCAAGUCAGGACGAUCUCCGACGAAAUCUAAACCUACUACAUCAAACCGAUCGAUCCGUUUUCAUCCCACCACCGCCAGUUCGAUCGGGCGAAUGCUCGGACACAUCCCUGGGGAAACCAGCCCAUCCUCGCAACUACAAGAACAUGACUCGGGAACGACGGAUCGAAGCCAAUGCUCGCGAGCGGACCCGUGUGCAUACGAUCUCUGCAGCCUACGAAAAGCUUCGACAUGCAGUUCCCGCCUACUCCAAUUCGCAAAAACUGUCCAAGCUAUCAAUUCUGCGAAUCGCGUGUUCCUACAUCCUGACUCUCAGCCGGAUGGCCGGUGAAGACUACAGCGCAGAUGGCUCCGAGCCGUCUGUAGACGAAUGUGUUGAGAUGGUGACGAAAACUAUUCAGACGGAGGGUAAAAUCAAAAAGAAGAAAGACGAAUGAAAUUUGUCCGGCGCGGGCUGACGCGUCCUUCAUGCGUCACUAAUCGAAACGCUUAGCAAUCGUGCUACAACUGUCAAAUGGAAUUUGAACCUCUUCCGACCAAAACAAAAUGUAGUUUACUUGGAUUCGUUUUACGUAGUCGUUGAUCCCAAUUUACUGAACCAUCGGGCAGGUAUGUUGUAAGACCAAGAGUUUUUAAUUUAUUUGCUUGUCAAAAAAUCAAACAUGAGUGGAUUUCAUGGAGCUAAAUACAAUUGCGUAAGAGUUAGAAUUUAUACUAAGAAACAUGUGAGAGUACAAACUAGAUGAGCAGGAAACGUGCAGGUCUGAUUCGAUGCCAUAAGAACUUUCUACUAACCUAAACAGUACAUCGAGACAAUAAAAAUCGCCAAAAAUAAAAAUGAAAACAUUAAAACAAUGGUCAUUGUGAUUUUUCAAGUAGAUUCCAAGCACAACAUUAGGUGCCAUAUGCAUAAGCAAACAGUCAACAUCUGUAUUUAAAUAAUCUCGCAGACUGGCAGGGUUAAACUAGUUGACACAAAACACAGUUGAGCAUUUUUUUCCCUCCAUAUGCCAAUCAGUAUAGCUUUUAGCGAGUUCAGAAUUUGUAAGAACGAUUUUGCACUAAUGAAAUUGGUCACAUGCGUAGGGGAAGGGUUCUUUAAAAAGCCCUUAAAAGUGUUUUAAAGCAAACAAUUAACUGGUCGUCAAUAGUUAGUAUUUAAAUAAUUGUAAUUAUUACUAGCACGUAAGAAAUAUUUAUAAGCAAAUCAAAUUUGUGAUUGUUUUGUAAUCAAUUUUUAUUACGAAUACAGUAUCUAAAGUUUUACUGGAAAAAACGAUACAUUGUGAAAUCAUGAGUAAUAAAAACGAAAACUAUU